AUAGAAUAUCAGAUUGUUCUGAAUUUUUAUUGUUUUUAUGGAAUAAAGAAAUGGAAACGUAACGCUUACAAAAGCUGGUUGUGUCAUGCUGGAUGCGCCGCACCCAGCUGUUUAAAAUCGCGUACAAUGUAAACAAUGAAGUUGAAAUAAUAAAAUCUAUCUUCUAUAUGCAAGCUGAUAACUUUCCGUCAUGCUCAGUAUUUUUUAAACAAAAUUUCCUUAUGAAAGUUGAUUUUUGACGUUUAACCUGUUACUGGAAGCAAGAACGAAUUUGAAACCACUUGAUAUGGCAGAAAAUAAAUCUGCUCCUGAGCCUGAGAUGAAGGGCUGGCUUUACAAAUGGACAAAUUAUUUAAAGGGUUAUCAAAAGCGUUGGUUUGUUCUUUAUAAUGGACUCUUAUCAUAUUAUAGAAAUCCUGCUGAAGUUGCUCAUACGUGUAGAGGCACAAUCAACUUAGUGAGUGCUGUAAUACAUACUGUGGAUUCUAGUAAUUUUGUAAUAUCUAAUGGUGGAACACAAACAUUCCAUUUAAAAGCCUCGAAUGAGAUUGAGAGGCAGAGAUGGGUCACUGCUCUAGAGCUUGCCAAAUCAAGAGCUAUUAGGAUGACUGAAUCAGAUGAAGAUGAGGAAUUUAGUAUCUUACCUGCUCAGUCUGAUAAGAAUGAAUUGCAGACUGUUCUGAAGACACUAAAUGCCAAGUUAGAAGACCUUAAUACCUGUAACGAUCUUAUCCUGAAACACGGAUUUGCCCUUCAGCGGUCUCUCUCCGAAAUAGAGAAUCUCGAAACGGUUCCUGACGCGGUCAACAAGAUAAGAAGCGUGAAUGAGAGAGCCACCCUUUUCAGAAUCACCUCAAAUGCUAUGAUAAAUGCUUGCCAUGAGUAUAUGCAACUAGCUCAAAACCAAGGUCGUAAAUGGCAGAAAAUGCUGCAGCAUGAGCACGAGCAGAGGCUGCGAUUGGAAGAAAUGGUAGAGCAAUUGGCGAAACAACACUCCCAUUUAGAGAGAGCUGCAAAAGAGGCGUCAUCCAAUUCACCAGGUAUGCAUUCUGAUGAUGAUGAGUUUUAUGAUGCAGAAGAAGAAACAGGCUCAGAUUUCCUCAUCACCAUUCCAGGAAAAGGUCAUAGGCGAACAUUGAGUGGUCUCAGUUUACAAAGUGAAGGUCAAGGCUUUCAGGAUGGGGCUUCUUCAGACACAGAUCCUGAGGGAGCCAAUGGAGUUAAAGGAGAUGACAUCAUUGCUCGAAGAAAAAAAACCAGGCGUGCAAGAACUUUGGCGGAACAAGGUAAAGUGCACUCUGUAUGUGUCUCAAAGUUUGGUGAGGAUAAUACUUCGGAUUCAGAGCCCAAGUCUUCUAGUGCCCCUAAUACUCCCAGCCAUGGUGGCUAUAAUAAUAAUUCAGAAAAAUCUUUAGUGCCUGUUAAGAAAAGAAGAACAAUAAUCCCUGAGAAACCCAAUUACAGUCUUAAUCUGUGGUCAAUCAUGAAGAACUGUAUUGGAAAAGAGCUCACCAAAAUACCUAUGCCUGUUAAUUUUAAUGAACCUUUGUCCACACUUCAACGCCUUACAGAGGAGUAUGAAUAUUCUGAACUUUUAGAUAAAGCUGCUCAGUGCUCUGAUAGUUGUGAACAAAUGGCCUACAUAGCUGCCUACACUAUAUCCUCCUAUGCUACUACAAGCAACAGAACUGGUAAACCAUUUAAUCCUCUUCUCGGGGAAUCCUACGAAUGUGAUCGCACAGAUGACUACGGCUGGCGCUGCAUAUCAGAGCAGGUCAGCCAUCAUCCCCCUAUGCUUGCCCAACACUGUGAGGGCAGGGGUUGGGAGUGUUGGCAAGAGUUCACCAUGUCCAGCAAAUUUAGAGGAAAAUAUCUGCAGAUUAUUCCACUAGGUAUUGCUCACCUUCUUUUCCCUGAAUCAGGCAAUCACUAUACGUGGCGCAAAGUGACGACCUUCGUGCACAAUAUUAUUGUUGGGCGCCUGUGGGUGGACCAUCACGGUGAGAUGGAGAUAGUGAACCACUCUACGGAAGAUAAGUGUCACCUUAGAUUCAUUCCCUACAGCUAUUUCUCUAGAGAAGUUCCUCGAAAGGUUACUGGUGUUGUGACAGACAAAGAUGGCAACGCAAAGUUUGUACUCCAGGGCACUUGGGACAACAAGAUGGAAUGUGCACGUGUCUUAAGUACUCAGGGAUCUGUGAAAGGCAAACCUCUCUUGGAAACUUCUACUCCCAAAACUAUAUGGCGUAGGCAAUAUCCACCGCCUGAAUAUGAAAAAAUCUACAAUUUUACAAUUCUCGCUUGCCAACUGAACGAACCCGAGGAUGGGGUGGCACCCACGGACAGUCGCAUCCGACCGGAUCAGCGGCUAAUGGAAGAGGGUGCGUGGGAUCAAGCCAAUGAAGUAAAAGUGCAGUUAGAAGAGAAGCAGAGGACCGUUCGUAGGAAGAGGGAGGAGGAAGCCGAGAAAGCGGCGGCUGAAGGUCGACCUUACGAGACCUACGAUCCUAUCUGGUUCAGAAAGGAGACUGAUCCGAUAACAGGCAACCCUGUGCACAAGUUUACAGGAGAUUACUGGAAGUGUAAAGAAAGUCAAGAUUGGUCUAGAUGUCCUAACAUAUUCCUGUGAUAUUACUGCGAGGUAUCUUUCUCUCUAGAAUUAAAAAAAAAAAAUUAAGUAUUGUACCUAUAGGAAUAUUAAAAGAAUGUUGUAUACAGUAAGUACUACUAUGAAACAAACAAACAAAAAAUGACUGGUUCAUUGAGUGUGUAUAUAACCCCGUAUCUUGCAAAAGCCAAAACAUCUUUUUUCUAGCCCACGUUCAAAUAGUGAAUGUUUUUGCAUGGGAAAGUGCUUUAAAUAUUUGGCCUUUUCAUAUAAUACUGUUAAAAUGCUGUUCUAUUUUUUCUUCUGUUUUUUUUUUAGUAAACCUUAUGUAGUAACAGGGUUGCUGCUCCACGGGGAAAACCUGGAAAUAACAGGGAAAAUGCAGGGAAUUUUGAUUUUUUUUUCCCCUUACAAACUGGGAAAAUACAGGGAAUUUUGUUUCUUAUUUUUGUCAUUUGAAAUAUGAUGACCACUCAAAGCAUGUUCAGCUGUUUUUCCAGCAAUUAAAACUAAUAAAUAUAGUUAGCCCAAUAUAGCUCACACAAGAGCACAGUAAUUGUUGUUUCCUCUUAAUAUAUUGUGUAUAAUAUGUACAGGAAAAACAUUGGGAAUUUUUUUUUUUACAGAUUUGAGUGGCAACCCUGAGUAAGAUUUCUAUAGCUGAUUUGUAUAAUCUAUCAAAAGAAAGAUGAUUUAUCUUUCCUGCAGUCUUUGAUGCCCUAAUGUUUUAUUGCUGUAUAAAUUUUAUUCUUCUAAUGAUUCAGCUAUAGAUACAGAAUGUUGGAUUUAUUUUAGAUGUGUACCUUAUGAUGUUAAGUUUUAUCUUUUGCAUAGCAGAUUUAUUAGCUAGUAUUUAUACACAAAACAAAUAUAUUUAUUAUUUUUUUGGGGGUUCAACACUGGGAUGCCAACUACUACCGAGUUUUUUUUUACCUCCGCAGAUUUGGAUUCUGGAGGCAGAAAUAUGGAAUGGCUUUUGAAACUUCGCGUCAAUGGCUGCUUAAUUUUCAUCAAUUUGUGCCUUAUUUUUUAAUGUUUUAAAAUUUGAGAACAAACCCCCUUCUUUUAUAUACCAUAUUAUUUGUUUAUAACUUAUACAAAAAAGUGUUAAGAAGCAAAACUUAAUUUUUCCUUACAUACUUUUUGUUUCUUAAACUGUUCUAUUUUUACUUGCUGUUAUAACAGUGUUGAUAACAUUGAUGUUUAAAGUUCUAUUUUUUCUCUCAAUUCAUUUGUGUGCAAAUUUUGUUUCGCUGUUUAAAAAAUUGUAACCCGUAGAAGGUUCCAAACAAAUUACUAUUAGUGCGCAAAAUUAUCAGGAAAAUUCCGGGACUAAAGUUGGCAUCUUUGGGAAUAAAUAGUACAGAUUCAACUCAUGGAACUGUUUCAACUGUGAUUAUGUCUCAACGUCAUAAAUAGCUCAUGUAGUACAUAAAUAUACUUAUUACAAAUAACUUACAAACUUAUAAAUAAAAUAUAACAGAAUUGUAGUUCUGAGUAUUCAUAUUUUGUAAAAAAAUGAUUUUUUUUUCGUGAUGAUGAUGGACUAGAAAAUGUUGGUGAUCUAAAUAUUUAUGUUUAAAUAAAUAAAAAUAUUUUAUUUAUUGUUUGUUAUUACUGAUUCAUCUCUAUUUUGAAUUUAAUUAGAUGUCUGCUGAUCGCAAUUGUAAACUUUAAAUGUCUUUAUUGGAAAAAAAUAAUCUGUGGCUUAUUAUUUAUCAGGAAGUUCUGGCAACUUACUUGAAUUAAAUUUUAUUCUAUGAAAAUUAGAUUGUUCUGUAAGUUCUUAACAGUUAUUCCUUUUUAAAAAUUAUGUCAAAGCUGAAUAAAAUUGUGCAGAUAAAAAUUC